CAUGCAUCAUCCUUCUUCCUCUCUUCCCUUUCCGUUCUACCAUCACCACCAUUAGCAGCAGCAGCAGCAGCAUUACCGCCCCACCACCACCACCACUACCAUUCCAGCAACUGCGGCUACAACGUGAUUUAUAAAACCGAGUCAAAAGAUGCAGAAACACUCAAAGGAAGGCGAGCAGUCCAGCUACUACCCGCCUCCUCCACAACCACAACAGGGUUACUCAAACCCACCAGACUAUCAGUAUAACAAUUACUCGACACCACCGCCACCGCCAUCGUCAGAUCAACAGCACCCGAUGCCGCCGCCACAAGAACAGCAGCCCUACUACGGCGAGCAAAGCGAAAAGGCGAUCCGUCCGGCCAGCGGAUGGCGAGACUUGUGGGCGCUUAUUCUUUGGCUCUUGAAUCUGGGUGCAUUCAUUGGCGUGUCUGUACUGGCGUUGCGUACAUAUAGUCAAAACCAGUCAACGUAUGGAAGCGUUCAAUCAUCCACCCAAUACUCGAGUACAGUGUUUGGUACUGGCGCUUUCCAGAUCUUUGGUUUGGCUGCUGUGGUAGGGUUUGGUUUAAGCUUUCUCUACCUACUUCUUGCCAAUGCGUUUCCUCGAUUCAUGAUUAUUGCGACCUUCAUUGGCAGUAUCAUUGUUUACUUUGGUGUCACCAUCUACUACUUUACACAGCACUACUAUUCUGCCGCAAUUGUAUUUUUGAUUUUUUCAUGUCUUUGGCUACUCGCGUUUUGGUGGUGGAGAAGUAGGAUACCUUUUGCGACAGUGAUGCUGGAGACUAUUUGUUCAAUCUGUCGUAAACAUCCAAGCUCGAUCGUAGCCGGUAUUAUCUCUUUGAUCAUUCAAACCGCCUUUGCCAUAUGGUUCUCACUGGUCGUUGUUGGUGCGUAUCAAACAUGGUCCAGCAAUACAAGCAACAAUGCGCGACUGAAUCUAGCCAUGGUUUUUCUUGUCUUUUCAUACUAUUGGACUUCUCAGGUUAUUUCAUAUGUCACGCAUGUCACUUUGGCUGGCCUUUAUGCCACAGUCUACUAUCUGAAUGACACUGUACGCCACCCAAUCUUGGGCAGUUUCAAGCGCGCGGUGACGACCAGUUUUGGAUCCAUCUGUUUUGGUAGUCUGCUUAUAGCCAUUGUCAAUAUGGUGCGAUAUUUCCUGCAGAUACUCCAAAGUAACACUGACAACCCUAUUUUGAGCUGCUUGGUCUUCAUUGUGCAGUGCAUUGUCGGGUGCUUCCAAGGAAUUUUCGAAUGGUUCACAUACUAUGCAUUCAGCGGUGUGGCUAUCUUUGGCGAGGCAUUUAUCCCUUCUGCACGACGAACCUGGAAUCUGAUGAAGGAUCGCGGUAUUGACGCUAUGAUCAAUGAUUCCCUUAUUGGAAACGUACUUUUUAUGGGCGGUUUACUUGUGGGUGUACUGUCAUCCCUGCUUGGUUUUAUCUACUUGAAAGCGGCCCAGCCAGCAUUUAAUCAAACAGGCGGCAUGACACCUGUCGUUGUCAUGGUAUGCUUCUUGAUCGGCUCCUCAAUGUUUUCUAGCAUCGCCACUGUGAUUUCCAGCGGUGUGGCUACCACAUUUGUUUGUUUGGCCGAAGAUCCAGAUGCAUUGCGAAGAACGAGACCGGCACUUUUUGAAAAGAUCCGUGAGACGUAUCCUAGAGUGGUACAAGGUGUCUGAAUUACAGCCACAAUACUAAACGAAUAAGAAGGAAGAAUUGUAUACUUACACUCUAAUAUCUAAAAACUAGCAAAAAAGAACCUUUAUGACAUAUAAACACUAAGCUUGUCGUUCGUAUCAUCUGAAUAAUAAAAAUACUGCUCAAACAACAAUAACAUGCAAUCGCUCCAGAGCUCAUUAUUUGCGAGUGCGUGAACGUGUAUGUAUUCCUCUUUGCUGUUGUUUUGAGCCGGCUCAUUCAUGAUCCUACUUGUUGGAGAUAAAGCGAUUUGGCAGACCAGAAGCGCAUAUCCAAUCAAAUUCAAGCAGCGAGAGAGAAACAGAGAUUAUGAGAGAGAGAGAGGA